AUGGAGACUUCAAGUAGCCAUUCAGAGUUAGCAACGGAGCUAAGGGGAUGGUGCCGUGGCGAGGCUGUACCUGAGGAUCAUGCAGUCCUGCUACUCAUUCCCAAUGAAGUCGACAUCAGCCUCAUCGAAGAGACGAUGCAAACAGUGAAGAGUUUAGGACGUGUGCGAGUCCGAGGGCGAACUUUCAGUACACGGCACAACAGCUACCUUGUCCUGUGUGAGUGUAGAGAAACAGCAGAAAGAGAUAAUGUUCCUCCUGAGAUCUUUCCUAUUGAAGGUGGAGAAGCAUGGACUGUAGUCAUAGCAAAUGGAGUUCCACAAGGUGAUGCUCCACUGCCAGCUCCAGGCGCCAAUGCACAGGAUUUUAGUCAAAAGUUAGCUGGGCUGCUGCAGGCUGAAGGUAAGACUGUAGAAGACCUCCGCAAAAUGUUUCCUGUUAAAGAUCCUAACUCAACGGAGUUAAUCCUGCAAGCGGUGGGGGAUUUUCUUCAAAAAACUUCAAAGCUUUCAAGUGACAACAGUUAUCGCCGUCUACGAUUUUUCUCUGGGACAUUGCCCACCCCAUCCGGAGAAGAGCAGUUUGACCACUGGCUGGGACAAGCAAAGCUCAUGGUGGAAGAGUGUGAUUGCUCUCCCAAAGAGAAAAGGCGAAGACUCAUGGAGAGCCUCAGAGGUCCGGCGUUGGAGAUUAUCAAAGCAGCUCGAGGGAGUGAUCCUGAUGUGUCACCUGAACACUGUUUAGAGGCACUUGAACAUGCCUUUGGGAGUGCAGAGUCAGGAGAUGACUUGUAUUUUGCAUUUCGCUUACUACAGCAACAGACAGGUGAAAAGCUUUCAGACUUUCUCAGGCGGCUAGACCAGUCGUUGAACAAGGUGGUCCAGAGAGGUGGUCUCCCUCCUGCUUAUGUAGACCGAGCAAGACUAGAUCAGUUGCUGCGUGGUGCUGUCUCCUCUGAUUUGAUGGUAGUCAAUCUGCGUCUGAGAGAGAGGAAACUGAUCCCGCCAUCUUUUCUCCAACUGUUAAAAGAAAUAAGAGAAGAAGAGGAAUAUGAAGCCUCACGAAAGAAAAUCAGUCCCUUUGUGCAGAGUGCCUAUCUAAGGCAAGAUAGUGAUGUUAAGCAGUCUGAACUUCAGAGCUUGAAAUCAGAAAUAAAAGAGCUCAAGUCUUUAGUCACUGCUGCAGUGUCUAAGCCAGCUUCAGCUAUGCUGGGUAGCACUGAGAAAACUCCCCUUAAACCUGUAUCAAAUGAACAUUGCGCUGACAGUGAACUGACAGCAUUGAAGCAAGAGGUGAAACGCCUGCAACAGAAAGUUACUCAGAAAGCGCCUGAGCCUCAAGCUGCUAUUUCAGCUGUAAAUACGCCAAACCCAGUUGCCAGCUCUCCACAGAGAUCAGCCAAACGCUCUGAUGAGUAUUUUUGUUAUCGCUGCGGGGAGAAUGGGCAUUUUGCAGGGAAGUGUGAGAACCCAGAGAACCAAGCCAAAGUUAUCAAGAGACUUAUCCAAGCUUUGAAACUGUCAAAAAACAACCAGCUGAUGCCACUGCUAGUGGAGUGA